GUGUGACGUCAUAAGGCUGCGCUGCUCCCGCGAUGUGAUUCAAGUGGAGAAAGGAUAAAGUGUCCAAAUGCAGAGGAAAAACUCCUGCUGAAGCGACUGAUCUCCACACUGUUAUAAAGAUGGUGUUUAUUAAAGAGGAGAGUGAAGAUGUGAAGAUUGAAGAAACAUUCACAGUCAAACAGGAAGAUCUGCAGGAACAAACAGCACUUCACUUCGUGUGCACCCCCGGAAAUAAUCUCCCGGAUUUUAUGAUCCGAAUGUUGGCAGACCUAAUUGAAGAGAAUGAGGGAAGUAAAGCGGAGGAACAACAUGUCAAAAUUGAGGAAAAAACACAUUUACAGACUGAUGGCAUUUUGAAAAGGAGAGACAAGAAUCGUUUUACCUGCACUCAGUGUGGAAAGAGUUUUGGAAGAAAAGGCAAUCUUAAGAUUCACAUGAGGAUCCACACUGGAGAGAAACCAUUCACAUGCACUCAGUGUGGAAAGAGUUUCAGCCAAUCAUCAUCCCUUAAUGACCACAUGAGGAUCCACACUGGAGAGAAACCAUUCACAUGCACUCAGUGUGGGGAGAGUUUUAAAUGCUCAUCACACCUUAAUCAACACACGAGGAACCACACUGGAGAGAAACCAUUCACAUGCACUCAGUGUGGGAAAAGUUUCAGCCAAUCAUCACACCUUAAUGAACACAUGAGGAUCCACACUGGAGAGAAACCAUUCACAUGCACUCACUGUGGGAAGAGUUUCAGCCAAUCAUCAUCUCUUAAUAAACACAUGAGGAUCCACACUGGAGAGAAACCAUUCACAUGCACUCAGUGUGGAAAGAGUUUUAACCAAUCAUCAGCCCUUAAUCUACACAUGAGGAUCCACACUGGAGAGAAACCAUUCACAUGCACUCACUGUGGGAAGAGUUUCAGCCAAUCAUCCUAUCUUAAGAUUCACAUGAGGAUCCACACUGGAGAGAAACCAUUCACAUGCACUCAGUGUGGGAAGAGUUUCAUCCGCUCAUCAUCCCUUAAUAUACACAUGAGGAUCCACACUGGAGAGAAACCUUUCACAUGCACUCAGUGUGGGAAGAGUUUCAGCCAAUCAUCAUCCCUUAAUCACCACAUGAUGGUCCACGCUGGAGAGAAACCAUUCACAUGCACUCAGUGUGGGAAGCAUUUCAGCUGCUCAUCUCACCUUAAACACCACAUGAGGAUCCACACUGGAGCGAAACCAUUCACAUGCACUCAGUGUGGGAAAAGUUUUAGCCAGUCAUCACCCCUUAAUAAACACAUGAGGAUCCACACUGGAGCGAAACCAUUCACAUGCACUCAAUGUGGGAAGAGUUUCAGACACUCAUUAUCCCUUAAUCAACACAUGAGGAUGCACACUGGAGAGAAACCAUUCACAUGCACUCAGUGUGGGAAGAGUUUCUGCCAAUCAUCUUCCCUUAUUCAACACAUGAGGAUCCACACCGGAGAGAAACCAUUCACAUGCACUCAGUGUGGGAAGAGUUUCAGCCAAUCAUCACACCUUAAUCGACACAUUAGGAUCCACACCGGAGAGAAACCAUUCACAUGUACUCAAUGUGGGAAGAGUUUCAGCCAAUCAUCGAACUUUAAUCUACACAUGAGGAUCCACACCGGAGAGAAACCAUUCACUUGCACUCACUGUGGGAAGAGUUUCAGCCAAUCAUCAAACUUUAAUCUACACAUGAUGAGCCACACUGGAGAGAAACCAUUCACUUGCACCUAAGCCGCAGUCACACUGGACUUUUCUCCCCAUAGACUUCCAUUCAUACGCACGCAAAUGCGUCAGACUGGAAACGCAAGUUCGUGCGUCAAGUUUUGCAGUUCACUGUGUUGCAAAGUUCAAGCUUGGUGAACUCUGACCUGCGAAAUUGCAUCACUUGACUGUGUGAGACCAAUCGUAGAUUAAAACAUGACCUCUCUGGACAGAAAUUUAAAAUAUGGACCAAUCGCUCACUUUUUUAAUGUCUAAUCAUCUUGUUUAAUCCCGCCCCUUUUCAUAGCGCCGUACAACAGAAUGUCGCAUGCUCAAACUCUAGUGUGACCGCAGCUUCGGUGUGGGAUGAGUUUCAGCAGCUCCUCAGACCUUAAUCUGUUAAGCUUUAUUUUGGCUAUUUUGGGUAUUUCCACCUGAAUUUGGCCUUUCGAUUUAAAAAGCUUCCCAUAACCACAUGCAGAGGAGUAAAUACAAAAGUUUGGUAACAUUUUAAUAGAAAUCCUUUGAAAUUUCAUAAAAUACUGUUUUAUAUAAACUAAAGUUUGAAAAUGUGUAUUUUUGCUUCUAAUAAAAAUAAAAUACUAUUCUAUCUUAGAUGUAGGUCUAGUCAAAUUCAGUUAAACUGAGUCAGGUUUUUAGACCAGAAGUGCCCAAACCUUUUCAUUUAAAAGGCCACAGACAAAAUAUUAUUAUGAGCCGUAGCCAAAGGUAAAUAUGUAUAAGCUAUAUUACAUUAAAGUUGCGAUGGAUAAUUUCCUAAUUUAUUUCACAAUAUUCAAAAAUAAAUCGAAAACUUUAACUUGUCUUAACUAAUGAAGUAUAACUUUUAAAACGAUAACUUAUUGCAAUAAAAACAUAACAGUGAACAGUGGAGUUCAAUGCUGAAUACACUAGUCAAGCAGAAUCUGCCUUCUCUGCAAUGUCUUCUAUUAAUCAGGUGAUAGUGUUCAUUUAAACUUAAUUUGAUCAAUUUGCAAUAUUUAAUUUAAACAUUUCACUUCAGUUAGCGUUUAACAAAAAAACUAAUAAAAGGUUACAUUAGAUUUGAAAUGACAAUCUCUAAAGCUUCUCCUUCAUUUUUCUUCUCUUCUCAGAUAGGAUGACUGCCAAAUCAAAGGUUAUCAUGGGCCAGCUUUGGCCAGCGGGCCCUAGUUUGGGAAUCUUUGUUUUAGACAAUGGCAUAGCACAAUAACUACUGCAGUUACUAAUGCUAUAAUCACUGAACUGGAUGAUAAAAAUCAUAUGCUGCACUCU